CUGUGCUAGAAAUUUGAGUUGACUUCAUCUUCCUAUCCUUUCAAAUCCAUUUCAAAAGUUCAAUUUCUUUCGGUUCUUCAUCCAGUAUUAUGGCUUCUCCCGGUGCUUAUAACGUUUUUUUAAGCUUUAGAGGCGAAGAUACUCGUAAUGCUUUUACGGAUCAUCUUUAUGACGCAUUAAUCCGAGCAGGAAUUGUUACUUUUAGGGAUAAUGAAGAAAUCAGGAGAGGUGAAGAACUGCAGCCGGAGAUCGAGAGAGCAAUUAAAGGAUCUAGGGCUUCAGUAGUUGUAUUCUCAGAGAAGUAUGCAACUUCAACUUGGUGUCUGAAUGAGCUUGCGUUGAUCCUCCAGCAAAGGAGGGAGUGCAAUCAUUUCGUUCUACCUGUUUUUUAUUAUGUCGAUCCUUCUGAUGUGAGGAAACAAACGGGAACUUUUGCUAUAGAAGUCAAAGCCUCUUCAAAGAGGUGGACAGAUGAAAACGUGAGCCUGUGGAAAAAAGCUCUUAAAGAGGUUCCUGAUUUAGCAGGCAUGGUUUUGUCUGGGUCUGAAGCAAAGUUUGUGAAGGAAAUUGUUGACAUCAUUUACAAUAAACUGGAACGCAAAGAAGUUAGUCUUCCACAAAAUAUAACUGGGAUGGCUACUCGAUACGAAGAUAUCGGUGUGUGCAGAGUCUGGCUUAGUAGUGACUCUUAUAAGAUAUUGAUCAAGGGAAAGGGUUCAGAAACUAUGGAAGGUUUAGCACUUGACAUGAAAAUACUAGAAGAACAGAAUUUUGCUUUCAAGUCAUCAAACCUCAAGACAGAUGCACUUCAAAAGAUGGAUAGACUGAAAUUGCUCCAACUAAACUUUGUGCAGCUCACUGGGUCCUACGAUAAUCUUUCAGAUGAGUUGAGAUGGCUUUGCUGGCUUGGAUCCGAUUUAAGAACCAUACCCUCUGACUUAUUCAUGGGAAACUUGGUGGCUAUAGAUAUGAGCUACAGUAAAUUGGAAGUAUUUGAACCCCCCAUGGUUCUUCCGUCACUGCAGAUUCUGAAUCUUACAGACUCGCACAACCUACGUGAAGUCCGCAACAUGUCCAUGAUCCCUCAUCUAGAGACUUUGAUUCUUUGGAACUGUCACAGUCUGGCUCGUGUUUGUGAAACAAUUGGAGGCCUGACAAGUCUUGCACUACUGAACAUGACAGGAUGUAGAAACCUGUGCAAGAGUGAGCAAACAGAAGCUUCUACCUCUGGUGGAGGAGUUGCAGAACAGCCUACCUUUUUCUUCCCACCUUCAUUACACCGGUUAUUCCUCAAGGAUUGUGAUCUUGAGUGUACUGAUUCGUUUCCUCUGAGUUUUAGUGUUCAACUAUCUUUGCAGUACAUGAAUUUAGGCAAUAGUCUAUUUGAGUUUCUGCCGUGUUACGACCAUCUUAAAAAUCUUCGGGUCCUUGACUUGAGUUUAUGCUCAAUGCUUAAACAGCUUCUUUGUCUCCCAAGUACACUUGCAGAAUUGUAUGUAUACUAUUGUAAGUCGCUGGAGGAAAUUAGUUUCCAAUCACAUCGAUUCACAUUGCAAGAGUUUGGUUAUGAAGGAUGUAUUAGUUUAUUAGAAAUUGAAGACUUUAUCAAAUUGGUGCCUGUAGCCAAACUUGAAGAAAACGAUUUGGGACAUAUGAAGUGGCUAAAAAAAUAUCAAAAUCAUGAGGUGUGCCUGGCUGGUGAUGAUGAGCUCACCAAAGACAGAAGUUCGUGUGUGCAGAUGUUGUAUGAAUUCAACAUAAUGAGCACAUCUCUGCCAGACAUGGAGGAUCCAAACAUGAAGCCUACUUAUGUAUCAGAGUUAUCAUCUUUGUCCUUUGACGUGCCUCCGCCUCCCAAAAAUAGGAGGCUCAAAGGACUUGAUGUAACUUUUAAAUAUAAAACAAUAUCAGGUGAGGAUGAUGAUGGGUUAUGGUUCUGUAAGAUCAGUACGAGCAAUGGUGUUGGUUUGAUGUACAACCCCAAAGUCUUUGGUAAACCUGAAUCUGGUGAAGUUGGUAUAUGGUUAAGCUAUUGGCCAAUUGGAAAUGCAUUGGCCACUGGAGAUAAAGUCAACGUCUCCAUCGCUGUGAUCAGUGGAUUGGAGGUGCAUGAAUGUGGUGUGACCCUUGUUUAUACUGAUGAUGAGGAAGCUGAGGAAACCUUGGAAAAUAACAUGGGAUUGGUAGAAUCUCUUGGAGGAGGUUUGUCUGGAUUUCAACUAAGCACAGGAGCUUACUAUCUUUGUCGCAGUGAUUUGUUUGAGUUAAUGGAGGCUGGUAGACUGACUCCUGACUGGUUUAGUAUUUUAGUUGGUGAUACCAUUGACUGUACAGAGGUACGAGGAUGGAGAAAGACAGGUCGACCUACACAGUUGAAACCAUCAUUUACUGAGUUAAAGUUUGUUAGAUGCAUCGUCCAUGGUCCUGAAUCGGAGGACAUUUACAAGAUUGCAGAGAUGUCAAAAUCAUCUUUUGUAGAUAAAACAUUGGACUUCACAUCAAGCCUGCUUGGGGAGACCAUCAUAUCUUCCACAUCGUCUAAAUUUAGUGAAAGUGAAACAAAAAUAAAGAAUAAGCCACAAGAGAUGCUUAUGCUCCUAUAUGUAACCCUCUCCAAACUAUCUGAAAUGGUAAUGUCUGUUGCACAAAGCACAACCGAUUUCAAGGCUGAACUGGAGCUACUGAUUGACACCUUACAGAUAAUAACACCGAUCUGUUAUGAGAUUGUGAAGGUCUAUGGAAAACUAGAUCAUACAGAGGCGGAGUGCAAGAUGUUCUUAUAUGACAUCCAAGAAGCAAAGAUGUUCAUAAAGUACAUCCAAGAAGCCAAUAAAGUUUUUGAAAAAUAUCCGCAAGUAAAAAAGAAUGUUAUCAAGAAGUCCAGUUACUCACAAAAGCUAAAAGAUGUGAACGCUAAUUUGCAAAGAUUCUUUCAAAGCGAAGUUCAAGCAAUCCGGAGUCGGGGCAUUACGGAGAUGUUUUUAGGGGUGAACGAUGAUUAUAGUGAUUCAUUGUCAAUGUCUACGAUGACAAGUUGGAUCGGUGAUUACAGUGAUUCAUUGUCGAUGUCUACGAGAACAAGUUGGACCAGUGAUUAUAGUAGUUCAAGGUUGAUGUUUUUGAGAACAGAACAAUCGCGACAUGAAAUCUUAAAACGAGAAAAGUAUGGUUGGCGAGUUCCUGCACUUCCAGAUGGAAUUGUGGCGUUUGACGAGCCAUUGACCAAGCUGAAGGUGCUGGUUGUUUCCGCUGCUGGUGGAUGUGGGAAAACUACCUUGGUGAAAAUGCUAUGCCAUGAUCCCGAAAUUCGUGAAAAAUUUGGGGAGGAUAUCUUCUUUGUGACGGUUUCAGACACACCCAGUUAUAUGGUGAUUGUCAAUGAUCUCUUUAAUCCAAAUUCCUCAUCCCUGCAAGUUCUGUUUCAAAGCAAUGAAGAUGCAAAGAGUGAACUGGAGAACUUUUUAAAUCAGAAAAUAUCAGGUCCCAUGCUUCUAGUAUUAGAUGAUGUGUGGUCUGAGUCGUUUAUUGAUAACUUUCCAUCAAAGAACAGAGAAUGCAUGAUUCUGGUUACAUCUAGGACCGCCUUUACGAAUUAUGAUGUGUUUCGAUUUGACCCUUUGAACGAGAAAGAUGCAAAAACUCUCUUUUGCCAAUCAGCAUUUGAUAAAGGCGGGCGGAUACCUAGUCAAAUUAUUGAUAAGAACCUUGUGGAUCAGAUGGUAAAAUGUUGUAAGAGACAUCCAUUCACCCUUUUUGCGGUUGGCCAAUCCUUAAAAAGGGAGGAUAAGUCUAUCUGGAAAUUUAUGCUAAAGUCAUUGUCUGAAGGUAGGUCGGUUCUAGAUUUACACAAGGAUGUACUUGUCGAUCUGGAAAGAAGCUUUGAGGCUCUAGAUGAUGACUUAAAGCAAUGUUUCUUGGAUUUGGGGCUAUUCCCUGAGGAUCAAAGGAUCCCGGUUAGCACCCUCUUAGAUGUGUGGGUGCAUUUGUACAACCAUGAUGCUGGUGGCAUUGAUACCCUCGCCAAGGUCAAUCAACUUUCUUACGAAAACCUUGUCGAUUUUAUGACCACAAGGUUUUGGAAUGAUUCAAUCGCAAGAGUUAACUAUUGCGACCAACACUUGGUCACACAACAUGGUUUGUUGCGGGAGCUUGCUGUUCAUUUGAAUAGCAGAUUGUCCUUAGAACAAAGGAGUAGAUUGAUUAUAAAUGCACAAGGAGAAGACCUGCCCUCAUCAAUUGAAAAAGUCCAAGAACCUAUGCAAGCCCGCAUAUUGUCUAUUUCCACAGGAAAGUUGUUCUUGUCGCAAUGGUGCGAUAUAAAUGUCCCUGACCUUGAAGUUCUAAUCUUGAACUUAAUGUCAAAAACAUACACUUUACCCCAUUUCUUAGCGGGAUUGCCAAAAUUAAAGAUUCUAAGCAUUACAAGCCACAGUUUACACCCUACAGAAUUUGAGAAUUUCCACCUUCUAGGAUCUGCACGCAAUCUAACAAGGAUUAGAUUUGAACGUGUGAUGAUACAUCCAUCUAUUUUAUCACUGGAAAACCUGCAGAGAGUAUCAUUCAUAAUGUGCAAAAUCAGCAAUACUUUUGAGAAACUCAUCCCCAAUAUCUGGCCACAGUUAUUUGAGAUCGAGAUCGAUUAUUGCCAGGAUUUAGUCGAAUUCACAGGGGCAUUAUGUAACCUUAUCCACCUUAAGAAUAUUAGCAUCACAAAUUGUAAUGAGAUGUGUGGAUUUUCUGAAAAUUUUGGGAAUUUGACUAAUUUGGAAAUACUUAGUCUUCGUUCUUGUACGGAACUGGAAAAGUUGCCUGAAUCAAUAUGGAGACUUGAAAAGUUGAGUGUUCUUGACAUUUCAGAUUGUUUGAGCUUGAGUGGGUUGCCGGAAAAAAUGGGGAAAUUGAGGGGUUUAAGGAAGAUUUAUAUGAAAGGUUGUAGCGGAGUACAUGAGCUGCCGGAAUCUGUGGAGGACCUGUCUCAUGUACGUGUCGUAUGUAAUGAAGAAAUAGCUUACAAAUGGCGGAAGUACACUAAUGUGGAGAUUGAUUUGGUGGAAGAAGAUCAAUUAGAAACCCAUGUCAAAUUGGAGCCUGUAGGCAGACUUGAAGAAAACGAUUUGGGACAUAUGAAGUGGCUAAAAGAAUAUGAAAAUCAUGAGGUGAGCCUGGUUGGUGAUGAUGAGCUCACCAAAGGCAGAAGUUCAUGUGUCCAGAUGUUGUAUGAAUUCAACAUAAUGAGCACAUCUCUGCCAGACAUGGAGGAUCCAAACAUGAAGCCUACUUAUGUAUCAGAGUUAUCAUCUUUGUCCUUUGACGUGCCUCCGCCUCCCAAAAAUAGGAGGCUCAAAGGACUUGAUGUAACUUUUAAAUAUAAAACAAUAUCAGGUGAGGAUGAUGAUGGGUUAUGGUUCUGUAAGAUCAGUACGAGCAAUGGUGUUGGUUUGAUGUACAACCCCAAAGUCUUUGGUAAACCUGAAUCUGGUGAAGUUGGUAUAUGGUUAAGCUAUUGGCCAAUUGGAAAUGCAUUGGCCACUGGAGAUAAAGUCAACGUCUCCAUCGCUGUGAUCAGUGGAUUGGAGGUGCAUGAAUGUGGUGUGACCCUUGUUUAUACUGAUGAUGAGGAAGCUGAGGAAACCUUGGAAAAUAACAUGGGAUUGGUAGAAUCUCUUGGAGGAGGUUUGUCUGGAUUUCAACUAAGCACAGGAGCUUACUAUCUUUGUCGCAGUGAUUUGUUUGAGUUAAUGGAGGCUGGUAGACUGACUCCUGACUGGUUUAGUAUUUUAGUUGGUGAUACCAUUGACUGUACAGAGGUACGAGGAUGGAGCAAGACAGGUCGACCUAUGCAGUUCAAUCCUACAAUAAAGGUGCAAGAUGGGGUGCAGCUUGCAUUUCAAACGAUGUAUGGUGAAUCACAAAGAUCUCCUUCUGGUGCACUUGCAUCGCAUGGUACAACAUCCCUGCAGCUUCGUUUCCAGACUAGGCUGCUUCCCAUCUUUUUUACUGGACAAAAGAUAGAAUCUGAGGACAAGAGUGGUAUAAAAGUAGUGUUAUUUGAUGCAAUUUCUAAUCAGAUUGUGUCAUCUGGACCCUUAUCUUCACAGAAGAUAGUUCUUGUUCCUCUUGAUGGUGAUUUUCCUUUUGAUGACCAUGAAGAUUGGUCUGAGAGUGAUUUUGAUGCCAAAAUUAUAUAUUCAAGAGAUGGCAAAAGUCCGUUGCUGAGAGGGGAUUUGGUGGUGACGCUGAAAAAUGGAGUUGCUGUUUUAGGUAAUGUAGUUUUUACUCAUUAUUCAAGCUGGAGUAAGAGCAGGGAGUAUAGGUUAGGGGCAAAAACCAAAAAUGCAACUCCUGGAGUCAGAAUUAGAGAAGCAAGAAGCCAAGUAUUCAUGGUAAAAGACAAGCGAGAAACAUUAUACAUGAAGCAUAAUACUCCAGCAUUGAGUGAUGCCACUUGGCGCUUGAACAACAUAGCAAGAAGGGGGGAUUUGUAUCAACGAUUGUCAUCACACAAAAUAAAUACUGUGAAAGACUUUCUACAAAUGUAUAAUACUGAGUCCUUGCUUUGUCGGCUACUUGGUGGGCCGGAUAGCGACAAGUGGAAGAAGAUUAUCAAGCACGCAAAGGCAUGUGUUUUAGACGAGAAGCUGUACAUAUACAACAGUAAUAAAGAUAGGAUUGGUAUUUUGUUCAAUUCUGUUAUGGAGGUUGUGGGUGCAACCUUUGAUGGCGAAAAUCAUCUCUCCAUGAAUGAGCUUACUGAUUCCCAAAAGUCUAUGGUGGAAGCUUUAAAGGAACAAGUUUACAAAAAUUUGGAGGGGAUGUUACCAAUAGAUGAUUUAUCAGUGGUGGCAGCUCCAGUGCUAGCAACUAACCUUCAUGGUCACCCUCUUAGAACUGCUAGUUUAGAUCCUGCAAAGAAUGGCAAACCUCUGUCGGUGCCGCCUCGCCUGCGAUUCGUCGGCCUCUUAAUUUCCAGCAGCAGUGUUCGAUAUAAAUGGGUGUUUGUGGGUGCUUCAACAGUUAGAAAUGAAUGGAAGAACGAGAUGAAUGUGAUCAACGAUCACAGAGAGGAUAUUGGAACGGAUAUUUCUUAG